AUGGGGUUUGAAGGGGUGGAGUUCAUUUUUGAGGCGACUCAAAAAUCGAGGAGAAUGGGGUUUGAAGGGGUGGAGUUCAUUUUUGAGGCGACUCAAAAAUCGAGGAGAAUGGGGUUCGAAGGGGUGGAGUUCAUUUUUGAGGCGACUCAAAAAUCGAGGAGAAUGGGGUUUGAAGGGGUGGAGUUCAUUUUUGAGGCGACUCAAAAAUCGAGGAGAAUGGGGUUCGAAGGGGUGGAGUUCAUUUUUGAGGCGACUCAAAAAUCGAGGAGAAUGGGGUUCGAAGGGGUGGAGUUCAUUUUUGAGGCGACUCAAAAAUCGAGGAGAAUGGGGUUUGAAGGGGUGGAGUUCAUUUUUGAGGUGACUCAAAAAUCGAGGAGAAUGAGGUUUGAAGGGGUGGAGUUCAUUUUUGAGGCGACUCAAAAAUCGAGGAGAAUGGGGUUUGAAGGGGUGGAGUUCAUUUUUGAGGCGACUCAAAAAUCGAGGAGAAUGGGGUUUGAAGGGGUGGAGUUCAUUUUUGAGUCGACUAAAAAAUCUAGGAGAAUGGGGUUUGAAGGGGUGGAGUUCAUUUUUGAGGCGACUCAAAAAUCGAGGAGAAUGGGGUUUGAAGGGGUGGAGUUCAUUUUUGAGGCGACUCAAAAAUCGAGGAGAAUGGGGUUCGAAGGGGUGGAGUUCAUUUUUGAGGCGACUCAAAAAUCGAGGAGAAUGGGGUUUGAAGGGGUGGAGUUCAUUUUUGAGGCGACUCAAAAAUCGAGGAGAAUGGGGUUUGAAGGGGUGGAGUUCAUUUUUGAGGCGACUCAAAAAUCGAGGAGAAUGGGGUUCGAAGGGGUGGAGUUCAUUUUUGAGUCGACUAAAAAAUCGAGGAGAAUGGGGUUUGAAGGGGUGGAGUUCAUUUUUGAGGCGACUCAAAAAUCGAGGAGAAUGGGGUUUGAAGGGGUGGAGUUCAUUUUUGAGUCGACUAAAAAAUCGAGGAGAAUGGGGUUUGAAGGGGUGGAGUUCAUUUUUGAGGCGACUCAAAAAUCGAGGAGAAUGGGGUUUGAAGGGGUGGAGUUCAUUUUUGAGGCGACUCAAAAAUCGAGGAGAAUGGGGUUCGAAGGGGUGGAGUUCAUUUUUGAGGCGACUCAAAAAUCGAGGAGAAUGGGGUUUGAAGGGGUGGAGUUCAUUUUUGAGGUGACUCAAAAAUCGAGGAGAAUGGGGUUUGAAGGGGUGGAGUUCAUUUUUGAGGCGACUCAAAAAUCGAGGAGAAUGGGGUUUGAAGGGGUGGAGUUCAUUUUUGAGGCGACUCAAAAAUCGAGGAGAAUGGGGUUUGAAGGGGUGGAGUUCAUUUUUGAGGCGACUAAAAAAUCGAGGAGAAUGGGGUUUGAAGGGGUGGAGUUCAUUUUUGAGGCGACUCAAAAAUCGAGGAGAAUGGGGUUUGAAGGGGCGACUCAAAAAUCGAGGAGAAUGGGGUUUGAAGGGGUGGAGUUCAUUUUUGAGGCGACUCAAAAAUCGAGGAGAAUGGGGUUCGAAGGGGUGGAGUUCAUUUUUGAGUCGACUAAAAAAUCGAGGAGAAUGGGGUUUGAAGGGGUGGAGUUCAUUUUUGAGGCGACUCAAAAAUCGAGGAGAAUGGGGUUUGAAGGGGUGGAGUUCAUUUUUGAGUCGACUAAAAAAUCGAGGAGAAUGGGGUUUCAAGGGGUGGAGUUCAUUUUUGAGGCGACUCAAAAAUCGAGGAGAAUGGGGUUUGAAGGGGUGGAGUUCAUUUUUGAGGCGACUCAAAAAUCGAGGAGAAUGGGGUUUGAAGGGGUGGAGUUCAUUUUUGAGGCGACUCAAAAAUCGAGGAGAAUGGGGUUUGAAGGGGUGGAGUUCAUUUUUGAGGCGACUCAAAAAUCGAGGAGAAUGGGGUUCGAAGGGGUGGAGUUCAUUUUUGAGGCGACUCAAAAAUCGAGGAGAAUGGGGUUUGAAGGGGUGGAGUUCUUUUUUGAGGCGACUCAAAAAUCGAGGAGAAUGGGGUUUGAAGGGGUGGAGUUCAUUUUUGAGGCGACUCAAAAAUCGAGGAGAAUGGGGUUCGAAGGGGUGGAGUUCAUUUUUGAGGCGACUCAAAAAUCGAGGAGAAUGGGGUUUGAAGGGGUGGAGUUCAUUUUUGAGGCGACUCAAAAAUCGAGGAGAAUGGGGUUUGAAGGGGUGGAGUUCAUUUUUGAGGCGACUCAAAAAUCGAGGAGAAUGGGGUUCGAAGGGGUGGAGUUCAUUUUUGAGGCGACUAAAAAAUCGAGGAGAAUGGGGUUUGAAGGGGUGGAGUUCAUUUUUGAGGCGACUCAAAAAUCGAGGAGAAUGGGGUUUGAAGGGGUGGAGUUCAUUUUUGAGGCGACUCAAAAAUCGAGGAGAAUGGGGUUCGAAGGGGUGGAGUUCAUUUUUGAGGCGACUCAAAAAUCGAGGAGAAUGGGGUUUGAAGGGGUGGAGUUCAUUUUUGAGUCGACUAAAAAAUCGAGGAGAAUGGGGUUUGAAGGGGUGGAGUUCAUUUUUGAGGCGACUCAAAAAUCGAGGAGAAUGGGGUUUGAAGGGGUGGAGUUCAUUUUUGAGGCGACUCAAAAAUCGAGGAGAAUGGGGUUCGAAGGGGUGGAGUUCAUUUUUGAGGCGACUCAAAAAUCGAGGAGAAUGGGGUUCGAAGGGGUGGAGUUCAUUUUUGAGUCGACUAAAAAGUCGAGGAGAAUGGGGUUUGAAGGGGUGGAGUUCAUUUUUGAGGCGACUCAAAAAUCGAGGAGAAUGGGGUUUGAAGGGGUGGAGUUCAUUUUUGAGGCGACUCAAAAAUCGAGGAGAAUGGGGUUUGAAGGGGUGGAGUUCAUUUUUGAGGCGACUCAAAAAUCGAGGAGAAUGGGGUUUGAAGGGGUGGAGUUCAUUUUUGAGGCGACUCAAAAAUCGAGGAGAAUGGGGUUCGAAGGGGUGGAGUUCAUUUUUGAGUCGACUAAAAAAUCGAGGAGAAUGGGGUUUGAAGGGGUGGAGUUCAUUUUUGAGGCGACUCAAAAAUCGAGGAGAAUGGGGUUUGAAGGGGUGAUGCGGAAGCACAACCACACGCAUAUUGAUGUUUUCAAGAUUGAGUGCGAGGGCUGUGAGGCGGUGGUGCUGUUUGACAUUCUGCCCGCUGCUGCCGUGCCACAUGCCUUCUUUGUCAUGCGGAAGCACAACCACACGCACAUAGACGUGUUCAAGAUCGACUGUGAGGGGUGCGAAGCGGUGGUGCUGUUUGACAUUCUCCCAGCUGUUGGCGUGCCAGAGGGCACUCGCCCCUUGCCCCUCGGGAGUCCCCCCAUCGGCCAGCUGAUCAUUGAGUUCCACGAGUAA